UUUCGCAUAGUCCGACGCCAUUCAGCUAACCAAUCUGAAAUUAUGAACGCCAGGUCUCAGACACUAGAACUGACUGUAGAACCCAGGCAGGUAAAGGAAGCUGUAGCUAGUUUAUUUCAUACAGUUCUUUUUCACCGAACAGUGGGAAAGUUUGAAUUCAUUCCUGAAACACCACGCUAUACAGUUGGAACUAUUGGAUUCUGUGAUGUGGAUUGUGAUUUUAUAGAUCUUACCUAUGUUUGUUGUGAUUCCGAGGAUUUAGAUCGCAAUUUGAAGAAAGAAAUUUCGGCGUUUUCGGACUCACUACAUAGGAGUGCACAGCAGACCACUGGGCAAAUAUCAUUGGAAUUUUUCCAGCGGAAGAAAAACAGGUGGCCAUUUCCUAUAGAAAGUACUUGGGAAGUGUGGACGGUACGUGUGGAAAUUAUUAGGUUGAACAGUGAAUACGAAAGAGAACUAUCAAGAGAGAAAGUUGGUGAUAUGUUGACCGAAAAAAUACUCUAUAUUGUCGAAGUAAUGAAUAGAAACUCAUAUAUUCCAGAAUUUCCUGUUGAGGCAGAAGUGGAUCUUGUUUUUGAUACAACGUAUGAGGGGAUACAGCCAUACUUAUUUAAGUUAUCACAUACAUUAGCAGGUCCCCCGAACAAUACUGUUGGUUUAACAAUGAAAAAACUGUGGAAAGAAACUCUUACCUAUUGAAUUUUUGUGUAUUAGGUAUUUUUAUUCAGCUCGAUUUUAGUAAACUUCUUUGGCAACUACUGAAAUAUCACUUUUGUAUAAACACUGUUUUAUUUAUUACACGUUUAGUAUGUUUGUAUAAAACUCGUGGACUUUUUGCUGUUA